UCCAUAUGUAAGGUGAGGAUCAAACUUUACACCUCAACCAAUUGCUAUUCGUUUCAAGAAGGCUUAUAAAUCUCCCUUUUUCUUCAUUAUUUGUAAACUUGGGUGAUUACAAGAACAAAAGAACAUAUGACAGAGCUGAAUAAACAUGUGGCUCCUGAUGGGGAUGAACAAUUGUUGGAAUGGCCCGGGAAAGAUAAUCGGCGCUUUGUUCGUGCAGUUUAUCGUGUCGGUGAUCUCGAUCGUACCAUCAAAUUCUACACUGAAUGCUUAGAAAUGAAACUCCUAAGAAAAUAUGAAGUCCCAAAUGAGAAACACACCAAAGCAUUGAUGGGGUUUGGCCCUGAGGAAUCUUCGUUCAUACUUGAGUUGACUCACGAACAUGGGGUAACCUCAUAUGACAUUGGCACUGGAUUUGGACAUUUUGCCAUUGCUACUCAAGAUGUCUACAAAAUGGUUGAAAAUGUAAGGGCCAAGGGUGGUGAGAAUAUGAUCAUUAGAGAACCUUUUGAGCUGAAAGGCAGCCCUAAUUUUUUGCUGGCCUACGUGAAAGAUCCUAAUGGUUAUAUCUUUGAGCUCAUUCAAAGAGUCCAAACUCAGCCACUCUGUCAUUUAAUGCUUCGUGUUGCUGAUUUACAACGCUCUAUUGACUUCUACCAAAAGGCAAUGGGAAUGAGGGUACUUACCCAGGUUGAGAGUGUUGAACAGAAGUACGCCAUAGCCCUAAUGGGAUAUGCAGAUGAGUUAGAGACAACUGCUCUGGAGUUGAAUUACAAUCAUGGUGUUACACAACAUUCCAAGGGAAAUGGAUAUUCCCAGGUUGUUAUUGGCACCGAUGAUGUAUACAAGAGUGCUGAGAUUGUUAAUCUCAUUACUAAAGAACUUGGUGGAGAGAUAACACAACCACCCAGUUUGGAUAGCCAAAUCAACUCCAAGAUUACCAGUUUUCUUGAUCCUGAUGGCUGGAAAAUUGUUCUUGUUGACAAUGAAGAUUAUCUGAAGGGAAUGCAGUGAAAGAAGGGUAAUGAGAGUGUAAAGCUGAUGUUGAUUCUCUAUUGAAUGUAAAACAAUAAGAUGUAAAAGACAUCAAUAUCUAUAUGAAGCUGUCUAAGACUCGCUGAUUUCAAUAAUUAUGGUUCUUCUAGCCACUUUAAACCAA